AUAAACAUAACACACACAAACAUAUCUUAAGUCAUUAAAACAACAUGUUGUUCGAACAAUUAAAGCCUUAUCUGUAUGUUGUAAUUUUGCAAUUUGGAAAUGCUGGACUAGUUAUCAUUGCCAAGGCUGCACUUAAUCAUGGCAUGAAUCAUUAUACUUUUGCCACAUAUCGAAACCUCAUUGCAACCAUUGUUAUGGCCCCUUUCGCUCUCUAUUUUGAGAGGAAAGGAAGGCCUAAAUUGACCCUCUCAAUCUUCUUCAAGAUAAUGUUGCUGGGAUUCUUAGAGCCCGUUGUCGACCAGAACUUAUACUAUGCAGGAAUGAAGUAUACAACCGCUACUUUUGCAAUAGCAAUGUGCAAUAUAAUCCCUGCCAUGACGUUUCUCAUGGCUUGGAUAUGCAGAUUGGAGAAGGUGAAUAUUAAGAAAAUACGUAGCAUCGGGAAGAUAGUUGGGACACUAGUUACAGUGGGAGGUGCAAUGAUAAUGACGGUGGUUGUCGGGCCUACAAUUGGCUUGCCAUGGACCAAGGCCUCAAGCACAGGGCACCAGACCCAAACUACUACCCCAAUAAACCCCGAAGACAAUAUCAAAGGCUCAAUGAUGAUCAUAGCCGGUUGUCUGUCAUGGAGUUGCUUUUACAUUGUUCAGGCACUUGCAUUGAAGCAAUAUCCCGCAGAGCUCUCCCUUACAACUUUGAUAUGCGCAGCAGGAACAUUGCAAGGAAGUAUAGUGACCGUAAUAGCUGAACGGGGAGAUACUGCAGCUUGGAAACUACACUGGGAUGCUGGACUUGUGACCAUGGUCUAUGGUGGAGUGAUUUGUUCAGGAUUGGGUUACUAUCUUUCAAGUAUAAUAAUGAAGGAAAAAGGCCCGGUUUUCGUGACUGCUUUUAAUCCUCUAAGCAUGGUUAUCGUUGCAGUUCUAGGAUCUUUUGUUUUGUCCGAACAAUUGAACUUAGGAAGGAUUCUUGGAGCAGUUGUGAUUGUUGCCGGGCUAUACAUGGUGAUUUGGGGCAAAAGCAAGGAUGAAAGUCCAUCAAACUCCAAAUGUGACCCGGAUCAGUUUCCACCGGUUAAUCAACAGAUACCCUUGACAAUUAGUGGCACAAAAUUGGGAAAACAAGAUCAUCUUAACAGUCUUUCAAUAGCAAUACCACCAUCUAAUGAAACGGCCAAGAAAAUUAACGGCAAAUAGAGUAACAUAACUGGUAGUAAGUUUAUGAGGAGGAAAAAAAAACCACAAUAAUCGCUUGUACUAUUGAACUUCAUUUCCAUUUUGAAGUUUUCCUAUCGAUUAUAUUGAUUAUUGAACAUCCUUUUCAUUUUUGAUGCAA